AUGUCUUCUCCAAGGAUGCCCUUGUCGCCUAGAAAGGACAGUGUGCUCAAUUCAAGAACACCUUCUCCAGACAAGUCCCGCUCCAACAGUCCUAGCAUCAAGACAAACCCCUUUGUGGCCCUGCUGGUCAGGUUGCCGAAGAUUGGCGUGGACUUGGCUCACAAGACAAAUACCUCUUCAUCGUUGGGUUUCACCAUCUAUGAGGAUAAGCCGGAGGAGCUCUCGAGGAACCGCUCGCUCACGGUAAACAAGGUGUAUGACAACACUGACGAUAAGGAGAAUGUGUUGCAACCCAAGAAAAUGGCCCUCAGGCAAAAUGUCAAGGAAAUCAGAAAGCCCUUGAGCAAUUUGAAUAUAACUGAGUACCCAGGUUAUGUGUCUGCUGCUGGUGCCAUCAGAAAAGGUCCUCUUCGUCUAAGCGAAUUGUACCACUCCAAGACCUACAACAAUGAGUCAAAAUCCUUGCACAAAUUCAACAGAUUGCCAAGCUACAUCACACCGCCAAGAAACCUGUUGAAAAAGAUCUUGCACUGUGCUGGCUCUGAUGAAGACGACAUUGAGCGCAGACUCAUUCGCAAGCUGAGAGAGUUGGCCCGUAGGAAGCGACUGAUGUCCGUGGGCUUCAACAAGGGCAAGUCUCAUUUGGUGACAAAAAACAACUUCAAGAUUGCAACGUAG